GUCAUUUGUUGUCUAUCGAGUCUCAUCGUCAGCUUUCUUGAACCGUUCCGGCCACCCUCGAGUGCUUAACAUAUCAUCUUCACUUACGGACUGCUAGGGACUAUCAUACUCACCCACCUCCCCCCUAUGCCACAAUGGGCUCAAUCUUCGAAGAGUUCAAGGAUGGCCAGAAACUUGGCUCUGGUCACCACCUAGCCGCAGCUCUUACCCCCGUCUCGACCGCCGCGAACCCUGGCCGUUUACAGUCAUUCUACUACUUCUCCAACGCCGCGCGUCUAUCGUCCGACCUUCGCUAUUCCCUCUUUCAGGCCAAUGGCAUACGACUACCGAAGCAGGAACAAAACUCAUGGGUGGACAUUUUCGCGGCAUACUGGAGCGCUGCUGGGGAGCUGGUUCGGUUCGAGGAGGCUUCUUCGCGCGCCAGCUGGGUCAAGGUGUUCAAUGCGUGGAAGGAGACGGCCAACCAGCUUAUCCGGGGAUACUCGACGGGCGGUCUCCAGGCAUGGACGAUUCCAUGUCUGUAUGUGGUGGGGAGGUAUUUGCGACAAUUCGCGAGGAAAGCCGAUGCCGAGCUUGCUUCCCAGGAGUCCGAUGGGUUCGGUGAUGGCUUCCAAGAUGAUGUGGCCACUGGUCUAGAGAAGAAUGCGAAGCUGGAGGAGGCUACUCGAGUGCUGAACCGAAUGUUCACGUUGUGCCUCACUGACAGGUCUCCGAUCGAGGAAUCCCGGAAGUGGGGGGUCUACGACACGACCAACCUCCUGUUCAAGACCUAUUUCAAACUCAACACCGUUGGCCUGUCCAAGAACUUACUGCGUGCUCUUAAUGCGCAGUCCGCCGACCUCCCCGAACUAGACGCCUUCCCCAAGUCCCACAUUGUCACCUUCAAAUACUACGUUGGCGUCAUUCACUUCCUCGAUGAGAACUACGCCGAGGCUGAGCAGCAUUUGGCGGAAGCCUGGAGGAUGUGCCAUUGCAGCGCAAUGAAGAAUCGGGAACUCAUCCUUACCUACCUCAUCCCUUGCCACUUGGUUACGACACACACGCUACCCAGCAAAAAGCUCCUGGCGCCCUUCCCCCGCCUUGAGAAGCUCUACCGUCCCCUAUGCAAUUGUAUCAAGAAAGGCGAUCUGGGAGGCUUCGAUGCGGCGAUGUCCGCUGGCGAGGAAGAGUUCGUCAAACGACGUAUCUACCUACCUCUGGAGAGGGGACGCGACAUCGCCUUGCGGAACCUCUUCCGGAAGGUGUUUACCGCCGGAGGGUUUGAGGAGUCCAAGGACGGCCAACCUCCGAUUCGCCGGACCCGCGUACCUGUCGCCGAGUUCGCAGCUGCGGUCCGCAUUGGCACACAUGCAGACGAGAGGUCCCGGGUGGAUAUCGACGAGGUGGAGUGUCUGCUGUCGAACUUGAUAUACAAGGGUCUCAUGAAGGGAUAUAUCGCGCGCGAACGUGGCAUGGUCGUGUUAAGCAAGGGCGGGUCCGCAUUUCCGGGAACGGGCGUCUAAAUUGAGCCUCUGUUAUUCUACCUUUCUCGAUAUGAGACUUUUGACCAUGAAUUGAGUGAUGCCUCGAUCUCAACGUCAUCAGCAGCCGUAUUUAGGCGCAUCGGACCCGGCAACCACUGGCCGUUAGUUGGUCACGCAAAACCCCCCAGCCUGGUUUCCGGGCUGGUCACACCUCACUCGACCUGGCAUGAGACCAGCAGGAAUCGGCACACGAGCAUCUAAUCAAGAUCAUCAUCGGAAGAUUGCUCUACCCACCAGGUGAUGGCGACGCUCAAGGGCACGGGGCUAUCUUGAUCAGCGCGCACCAUGACACUUGACUUUAUGCGACAAGAGACUUUAGACACCGGAGUUAUGCAGAUUAGCGACGGAAAUACCCCGUUGUAUACAUACAUACCUUGUUUGCAGAAAAAACCGAGAUAUCCAG